UAUUUAUGUAAGUUGUACAGAGAUUUUCUGAGAGAGAAAUGUGUAUUUGGUAGCUGAGAAAAUUUUGCAGAAUUUUCUACUGGUUUGGGGAAGAGAAGUGUUGUUAGGUGAAGAAUUUCUCGGCAAAUUUUGUGGUGGAACUUAAUGGACGAUGAUUCAUGGAGCUUUGGUUUCUCUACUUCUUCCAAGAGCUAUCGAUCGGCCCUUCUGUCGCGGCCAGAUCUCUGCAUUGAUUUUGAUGACUUAGAAGGAGAUGAUGAUUCAAAGGUGGAGUUCCCAUGCCCAUUUUGUUCGGAGGAUUUCGAUAUUGUUGGAUUGUGCUGCCAUAUUGAUGAAGAGCAUCCAACCGAGUCAAAUUAUGGGAUAUGUACUGUUUGUGGUACAAGGGUUGGGAUUGAUAUGAUUGAACAUUUAACUACACAGCAUGGAAAUAUUUUCAAGCUUCAGCAAAAAUUGAAACUCCAUAAGGGCGAAUCCCAUUCACUCCGUUCUUGGCUGAAGAAGGAGUUGCAGGAUGGACAACUGCAAUCUCUUCUUAGGGGUUCCUCUCUGUUUUCUUCCUCCAAUACGGAACCUGAUCCAUUGCUGUCAUCUUUUAUUUACAACAUGCCCAUGGUUGAUGUCACUGAAAGCAUGCAGCCUAGUUCUUCAACUGAAGUAAACUUCGAAAAGAAAAGCUUAGAUGAGAAUAUGUUAGAAAGAAACAUGCAACUGCCUCCCCUAUCAGACAAGGACCAAAGGGAGAAGGCAAAACAAUGUGAGUUUGUGCAGGGACUAUUGUUAUCCACCUUCCUCAAUGACAAUUUAUGAAUGAGGCUUCUGAUGUUAAAUUUUAACAAGCACAUCAUGUUGCAAGUGUUGAAUAUGCUGAUUCCUUGACAGAGUUAGAUUAGAUGUAGGAAUUGAAUGCAAUUCAUGAAGUGUUCCCAUCAGUUAGGCAAAAACAGAGUCAAACUCCUGUAUCCUCUCUUUUCUGUAAAUCUAAUGUUGUGUUUUCCUUGUGGCUCCUCUUACAUUUCAGACUGGUAGAUGAGUACUGAGCUUCUGUUUUGAUAUGAUCUCACUUUAAUUAUAGUAUAUGAUCAUUGUGUCUCAAAAA